AUGGGCAGCCCGGCGCCGCCCGGCGCCUCGCACGGCCUGUUCGGGUCGAGCGGCGUCGGCGGGUUCGGCUACGGCCUCGCCGUCUCCGUCGGCAUCCUCCUCAUCGUCCUCACCAUCGCGCUCGCCGUCUAUCUCUGCUGCGCCCGCGCCUCGUCCAUGCCCGUGGCCGCCGCGGCAGCCAUCAAUGCCGACGGGAUUCCACCUCGUCGCGAUGUCGAGAUCGGCGGUAUCGACGCGGCGACGCUGGAGGCGUACCCGGCGGUGGUCUACGGGGAGGCGAGGAAGCCGGCCACGGAGGAGCAGCAGCCGGCGUGCUGCGCCGUCUGCCUGGAGAGGUACGCGGACAGCGACGUGGUCCGGGUGCGGCCGGACUGCGGCCACCUGUUCCACCGCGGGUGCGUCGACCCCUGGCUCCGGCAGCGGCCGACGUGCCCGGUGUGCCGGACGUCGCCUCUGCCCAGCCCCGUGCCCACGCCUCUCGCCGAGGUGACGCCGCUGGCGCUGGUGAGGGUGAUGCCGGCGUGA